AUGCCAGUCAAACGCUCACCAACGCAAGGCCGCUCACCUGUGAUCCAUACUUGUAGUCAGGGUCCUGCGGAGGACGUCAAAGUCCCUCCCGCAACAUGCCCAAGGUGUUCAGGGACCGCUUCCGCUGAGCCGGAAGCCCCUCGCUUGGCCAUGAUGGCCUCUGAAGUGGCAGCGUUAAAAGAAGACAUUGCCCACUCGACUGCUGCAAUGCAGUUGGCAACUCAAAACCUUACGGAACAGCUUCAUAGGCUUUCCAAAUGUCAGACAGCAGCGGAUGAGCACCUCGCACGAGCCUUAGAAGCCCUAGUGCAUCACCCGCUGCCUGAACAACCUCCCAUAGCAUGA